AUGGUGUUGGACAGGCAGCAUGACUCGACGUCGACUGCAGUCAACGGAGCGUCAAUAUCGAGCGGCCUCAAGAGAGGAGACAAGCGCACAGCAGUGAUAAUCUAUGGGCCAGGACAGGAGCAGAUCGUUUCGUUGUUUGCCGACGUGCUCGGGAAGCCGUACAAACUGGUCGGCAGCUUCCAGGGCAUCUCAUCGAUUGAACAAGAGGUCGUUUUAGGGUUGACGGCUAACGAUGCCAAGAUUGACAUUUCACUACGCAACAAGUCUGCCGUCGUUGCUAUCAACGCACAUUGUGUCCGGCUGGGAAUGCCGCCAGAUUUACACCUCUCGACGCAUUCCGACUACGAAUUCCUCUACAAUGAGGGGCCAUUGUGCCGGAGGGACCUGGCGCGUUUUGUAUCUUUUACACUCGGGCAGAUCAACCAUUUCGACACUCUAAUGGCGAAGCCCCGCACAUAUUUUCUCUCCAUGACUUUUCCGGAUGUCCGCGCGGCCUUGUCCAACAUCGACAUCCUUACUGUCGGCGCUGACGCCGUCGAGCUGCGUGUCGAUCUGCUCAGGGAGCCUCUCCCAGAUGGCACAUUUGCUGACGUCCCCAGCCUCAGCUAUGUCGGCGAGCAGGUCAUGCUCCUGCGUCAACGCACCGAGCUGCCCAUCAUCUAUACCACGAGAUGUACUGCUGAGAAUGGCCGGUUCCCCAUGAACAACCCCGAGCUCUUCUAUGAAUACCUCCACCGCGCCAUACAAUGGGGGGUCGAGUACAUCGAUGUCGAGCUCUGGCUUCCCGAGGAGAUACGGCGGCGGCUGUACGAGCAGCGCGGCAACAGCCACAUCAUGUCUGCAUUUCACGACUUCUCAGGCACCUUCAAAUGGCCGUCUGCCAGAGCGCAAUCUAUUUUCGUCGAAUCGCGCAAGUACGCCGACAUUGUAAAGAUGAUUGCCAUAAUCAACGAACACAACGAGAACUUCGAGCUCGAGUACUUCCGGUCAAAGAUUCGACAGGACUUUCCCGACGGCCCGCCGCUCUCUGCCGUCAACAUGGGCGCGCUUGGCCAGUUCUCGCGAACAUUAAACAAGGUGCUGACGCCAAUCACGCACCCGCUGCUCCCGCUGAUCGCAGCGCCCGGUCAGAUGAGCGCCGCCGAAAUCAAUUCCGCGUUGUCCCUGGUGGGCCAGCUACCAAAGAAGUUCCUGUAUGGCAUCUGUGGCCCCUUCUCUCGAGUAGGCACGCCUCACGCGCCCUUCUAUGAGAAGUGUUUCAACGAGCUCGGCCUGCCGCAUCAUUUUGCUGUCAUUGAGCGGCAACCGAGAAAUAUCGGCUGCAUCGAGACUCUGUGUAAUCAGAAGGCCUUUGGAGGUGCAUACCUCAACCCGCCAGUCUCUUUCAAUAGCUUGAUGCAUAACAGCGCGUUCUUCUCGAGACUUUCCAAUGGCGCCGGACCAACGUUGACAGAAGCCGCGCGCAUGAUUGGCGUGGUCGACACAAUCUUUGUGCGCGCUGCGCACAACUCGGCACCAGUAUCGGCACCGCCUUCAGUCCCCUCGAGCCCAAGCUCGCGAGGCGACUCGCCCCUUCACAGGAUUGCGGAGUCGAGACAUGGAUUAUCACCCAGCGAUGGCCUCGUCUUUGACAAUGCAAGCUGGCGCGGUAUAGUUAGCACACUCACGAGGGAUCUGGCCCCAUCUGCCUACUUCGGCAGGACAGCGGUAGUUCUCGCUGCUAAUUCGGAUGACGCCGCGUCUACAAUGUAUGCUCUAAAAGCUCUGCGCAUCGGAAAAGUCUACACUGUAGGAUUCAAGACGCCUCUGGUACUCGCACGGGGUCUUGUGGUGGAACCCUUCAACAGCCUCGAGAGCUUACAGCGCGCGCGAUCGCUCAAUGACGACGCGAGCCCGUUUGUCAUCGUCUCUGCACUCGGGGCCGACAAGGCAAACAUUGUAGGCAUGCUGGUCCGCGUCUUUGGUGGCUCGAGAGGCUCGUCGCCGAAUAUCCGCAAGGUAUUCCUUGAUCUGGCCGACGGUCCACGCAAGGGUGACCCAGGCGCCAUCGCGGAGCAGAGCGGAUUUGCAGCAUAUGGGAUCGCAGACACUGUCGCUUUCACUACUGUGGAGACGUUGCGGCUUCUCGUGGGGCAGAAUGUGCCGUAUAGUUUUGUCAGACUAGCCAGUGGUAAUGGCAUGUUUUGA